AUGAAGCUCAUGGGUAUACCCGAUGCGACAAAGUGGGCAGUUACAAUGGUACAAUUAAUAGCCUUGCUAUAUAAAGAUCAGCAUGUUUCAACUUUACAUAAACUUCUUAAUUUCUGGCUUGAGGCUUAUAUAUCUGAAAGUUCUGAGGACAAUGAGAGCAACACAUCGCCAUUAGACCGAGGUAGCAACGAUUCCUCGCCAAUCUUGACGUCCGAACCUAUGUCUGAUUCGUCGGACACCGGUGGGAGUGGCAAAAGCAACGAAGCGUCUUCAUUCCAUGAACGA